UUGGUGAGCCGGUGCUUGCCUCGCCCUUGGCGCCAUGGCAGCCUUGGCGCUCCCUCCGUUGCCACCGCAGUUCAAGAGCAUCCAGCAUCAUUUACGAACCGCGCAAGAACUGGACAAGCGCGAGCCGGUCGUGGCGUAUUACUGUCGUUUGUAUGCAAUGCAAACGGGGAUGAAGAUUGAUAGUAAAACCCCAGAGUGCCGUAAAUUUUUAUCCAAACUUAUGGAUCAGCUGGAAGCGAUGAAAAAGCAAUUUGGUGAUAAUGAAGCUAUUACUCAGGAAAUUGUUGGUUCUGCUCAUGUGGAGAAUUAUGCUUUGAAAAUGUUUUUGUAUGCAGAUAAUGAAGACAGAGCUGGGCAGUUUCAUAAAAACAUGAUAAAGUCCUUUUAUACGGCAAGUCUUCUGAUAGAUGUUCUGACAGUAUUUGGGGAGCUCUCUGAAGAGAAUGUUCAGCACAGAAAGUAUGCCCGAUGGAAGGCAGCAUACAUCCACAACUGCUURAAGAAUGGAGAGACUCCGCAGCCUGGACCCAUUGGAAUGGAAGCGGAAGGCUUUGAUGCUGAAAGAGAAGAAGCAGGCUCGUCUCUCCACGGAGGAACAACUCAACCAUCAGCAUCAUCUACCUAUGAAGCAAACAACAUACCAACUGGUAACUACACUGGCAUUCAUAUACCACCAGGUGCCCAUGCCCCAGCCAACACACCAGCUGAAGUACCUCAUAACACAGGUGUGACAAGUAACACCAUUCAGCCUGCUCCACAGAAUAUUCCUCCGGUAGAUCCUUCCCUAUACAGUGCUCAAUCUGCAGGGGAAGUCCGUUUGACUCCAGAGGACUUUGCCAGAGCUCAAAAAUAUUGCAAAUAUGCUGGCAGUGCUUUGCAAUAUGAAGAUGUGAGCACUGCUGUUCAGAAUCUGCAGAAGGCCCUCAAGUUACUCCUUACAGGCAGAGAAUGAAGCCUUUGUGCAGCAGAUUUGCAUCUUUUGCCUAAAGAACUAACAGUUUAUUAUUGUACCUGUUAGGGGAAUGGAGUUAUACAGAAGUUCUCAAUCCCAUUGCCCGUGACAGUGAAAUCACUGUUACAAUGUCAGAUACCAAUUAAUGGUACAGUAGAAAUCACCAGCUGUUUUCAUUUUCUGCUCAGUGGAGCUAGAAAAAUAAGGAGGCAGUGGAUUAAUAUAAGCAAAAUAUUGAAGAAUGUACUGCAAACACUGCUCAAGAGCUAGAAUUCAUGUUGCAAUAUUUAGAUAACUGGAGGGGGGAAACACUGAAUUUCUAAAAUCUUSAACAGAUGAGUGUUCUGUUUAAACGCAAAAACAAAACAACAACAAAAAAAGAAUAUCUUUCACUCUAAAUUAUUUUGGUAUCAUCUGAGAUCCCAGUCAAAGUUGAGGAAGACUUGCAGGCAUUUAUAUUUCAUUUUUAAAUAURCUGGAAAGCCAUCUCUUGAUACUUCAGAUAGAGUCAUUUUGAUGAUGUUAUUUCCCCACAACUUCAUGGACUGCRCUGUGUGGUCUUGAUAUUGAUUCUUGCUCCUUUUGCAUGAACAUUUAAAAUUUAUAUAGAUAUGAGUAGUUAAGAGAAAGCACUGAUACUAACUGGAGGUGAUCCUGAAACYAAGAGAUAAAGAUUUUAAACAACAUGAAAUAUCAGGGAGAUUUACUUCAUAGCUGUGCCAUCUCUUCAGUAGGCUGAAUCAUAGACCAUUUCUUCAACAAUUAUUGCAAUCAAUCUCCGGUAUUAGUGUCAUAGAGUGUGGUAUUUCCAGCCAAUAUUCUUUUCUGUCCRCUUUGUUGUAGAGACUUUUUGGACUACAGAAUUAAUUAAAAUAUCUUUGAAAUUGAAUUUGGGKUCUUUAUAAGUCUGUCCUUGUAAUUAUAGAGUUCUUUAUUAAUAAAAUCCAUCCAUGUUGUUCUUUUUAAGAGAGGAAAAAAAAAAAAAGAAAAAGAAAGUCUUUUGUCUAAUGUGAACUAGUGAGUGCACCCUAAAGCAUGUCUGAUUUAUGUAAAGCAUUUUAAUGUCAGAUUAUGUGGUAUGUCUUUCUUUCCAAUUUGCCAGAUGAAGUGUGUGUAUCCUUUGUAGCUGCACUGUUUUCCAGUGACUAAAAUGCACCUGAUAUUUAAAGCAAAAAGAGGAGAAGAAGAAAACCAAACAAAAUAUAAGGAUGCAUUAAAUUUACCCGCUGGUAACCGAUCUGUUGAGAGAGCAGGAUUUAUUUAACAGUGAAUUUGAAAAGGGUAGUAUGAAAUUAAUUGAUAUAUCCUAAAGCAAUUAGUUGAGCAAGAUUUUAAAAAUGAAACAGAUCUGAUAUUUGAUUUGUUUUAUGCUAUGGGAUGGUAUGCUAACYUGGGCAGUGGUUUGGAUUAGAUUUGCAUGGGUUUCAGAAGCUUAGAAUUUUAAACGUUUUGGAUAGUAAUGCUCUAUGAACUUGAGCAGUGAGCCUGUAUUUUGUACAGCACUUCACGUAAGUUAAAUCCUUCAGUUAGUUUCUGUAUCAAGCUGAUUAAGUGGAAGUUCUUCCAUAUGUAUAUUGCUGUGGGUUAUAUGGU